AAGCUCGGAGAGAGGAAAGAGUGAGCUAAACCAUCAUAAUUUGUAAAAGAAAAAAAAAGCCCUAGAUACCAGAGGGCUCCGACGCCGGAGACGGUGAUGAGGUCCGGCGGCGCCUCCGCCGAGGUGAUAGAUCUCUCCAGUGACGACGACGACGAGCCCGUCCCCAGCACCAGCACCAGCUCCGUCGCCAUCGCCAUCUUCCCUUCCUCCCCCCGCGAUAUCAAGCCGUACGAGCUCGCCGAUGUGAAGCCGCCCUUGCUUUACCCGCCCCAGCCCCCGGGCUGCCGCGCCCUCGUGCCCGUCAAGAACGAGGACCCCGUGCCCGUGCCACUCGCCUUCCAGCCCUCUGAGCCUGAGCCCCCCAGGGUCCUUCCACCGCCGCGCCUCUGCCGCCAGUUUUGGAAGUCCGGGGAAUACGUCGUCGCCCGCCGCAACCCCGACGCCGAUGCCCCUGGUGGGCGGAAUCGACUGCGGAUCAAUCCAAAGUUCCUACACUCAAACGCUACUUCCCACAAGUGGGCAUUUGGGGCCAUUGCCGAGCUUCUUGAUAAUGCAAUCGACGAGGUUAAUAAUGGGGCAACAUUUGUUCGUGUUAAUAAAUUCACAAAUCCACGUGAUGGCAGUCCCGCGUUGUUGAUUCAAGAUGAUGGAGGGGGGAUGGAUCCAGAGGCACUGAGAUGUUGCAUGAGCUUUGGAUUUUCAGAGAAGCAGUCUGAUGCUUUCAUCGGGCAAUAUGGCAAUGGUUUCAAAACUAGCACAAUGAGGCUUGGAGCGGAUGUCAUUGUUUUUACACAGAGCAAAAAAAAUUGGGCACCCACAAGAAGUAUUGGCCUUCUUUCUUACACAUUUCUGAUGGAAACAGGCUGCGAUGAUGUACUGGUGCCAACAGUAGAUUACCAGUUAGAUCUUGCAACUGCUUCAUAUACCCAGCUGUUACGUCACAAUCAGAAGCUCUUCUCUUCUAAUUUGGCAAUCCUUUCGAAAUGGUCCCCUUUUGCUAGUGAAGCUGAGUUGCUUAAACAAUUUGAUGAUAUGGGUGAGCAUGGAACAAAAAUAAUUGUAUACAACCUCUGGUUCAACGAUGAUGGGGACAUGGAGCUUGAUUUCAACUCUGAUACCAAGGAUAUCCUCAUUACUGGGGGAGAGAAGAAGGUCAAAUCCAAUAAACCGGAGAAGAUAGCAAUGCAGAACUACGUUGCAAAUCGACUUCGUUAUUCACUUAGAGCAUAUGCAUCCAUCUUGUAUCUUCGCGUACCUGAUAGUUUCAGAAUAAUCCUGCGUGGACGAGAUGUGGAACCACAUAAUGUUGUUAAUGAUUUGAUGUAUCGAGAAUGUGUGUUGUAUAAACCACAAAUUUCUGGACUUACAGAGCUAUCUAUAAUCACCACCAUCGGUUUUGUCAAAGGUGCCCCUGACACUGAUGUACAAGGGUUCAACGUUUAUCACAAGAAUCGUUUAAUAACGCCUUUCUGGAAAGUUGCCAGCAACUCAUAUGGCAAAGGGCGUGGUGUUGUGGGCAUUCUUGAAGCAGGUUUCAUCAAACCUACCCAUGACAAACAGGAUUUCGAGAAGUCAGUACUGUAUCAAAGACUUGAGAAUCGAUUGAAAGAAAUGACUUACGAAUACUGGGGCCUGCAUUGCCAUCGUCUUGGUUAUGACAACAAGGCAUUACCCAAAGCAUCCCGUGCACAAUAUCGUGCUAAGCAGAUAGAUGCUGGUAGUUCCCCAGCAAGUGCUUCACAUCAAUUACUGGAUGCUGAUAUUCCUACAAGCAGCCGCACAGAAAGCAAUAUAGGACUGAAGAGAAAUUUCGAUGCCCUCGGAGCCAUCACAGAAAUAAAUAAGCAUCAGACAAAGCAUCGAGAUGUUAUUCAACGGAAACGUUUUAGUGAACACAAGACUCUAACACUUGAGAAUGACAGAUUGCGUGACGAAUGCUUGCAGUACGAGGAAUCAGCGAAACAACUUACUGUAAAGGAACAAAAGCUCCGGCAUCAAAUUGCUGAGGAAAGAAAGAAUUAUGAGGAAUUAUUAGAAGAGCUCAAGUCGUUAGAUGUGAAGUUAGAGAUACAAUGACCUGUUUCUCAUUGCACUUUGACUAACUGUAUUUGGAGGACAAGGCUGAGUGUUGUGUUAUGUAGCGCUGUUUAUCGGAAGAAAUGGUCCCGUGGACAUGUGAUAUCUUCUGUCUACCCUUUGGUGGGUAGAGAGCUGUACAAUUUUGACACAGUAAUCUUUGUCGGGACCCUGUGAUGAAAUCUAGGCAUGUAUAGAUGUUGUAGAAGUAUGUGCAUUAUGUAAUUUAAUUGUAGAACAGGGAUUUCGUGAGAAUUCUUAUCGCACUGUACAUUACAUCAUUCUUUUCUGUCAAUUGAUGUGUUGAUUCUGAUUUGUUCCA